GCUGCUGAAUUUGGAACUCUGACAGUAAUGGCAUAUGACAGAUACGUAUGUAUUUGUAAGCCUUUACAUUACAAUAUCAUGAUAACCAAUAGAAAAGUAAAAAUUGUCAUACUUGUCAUUUGGAUGGUUUCGUUCAUAGAAGUUGGAGUUUUGUUGUCUUUUACUGUUCAUUCAAAGUUUUGUGGGGCUGUUAUCAACAAAGUUUCUUGUGAUAACAAUCUUGUGGUUGAACUUUCUUGUUCACCAAACAGAACGUUGUCAUAUAUUUACGAUGUUGUUUUUGGCCUUCUUUUCACCGUCACUUUUCCUCUCAGUUUCAUUUCAUACACAUAUGUUAGAAUUAUUGCUGUGUGCUUAAAAGCUUCCAAAGAGACCAGAAUGAAAGCGUUUGAUACCUGCACUCCACAUUUUGUUUCACUCAUGAGCUUUGUCUUUGCCUGUUUUUAUAACCUGAUCAGUCAAAGAUUUGACAUGACAUUUGUUCCUUAUGAACUGCAUGUUAUUUUCUCAUCGUAUUUACUGAUAAUUCAACCUCUUUUAAAUCCAAUGAUAUAUGGUCUUAAGUUAUCAAAGAUUAGGCAUGCUUUUAAGCUUUUUUUAAAAUUAAAACAUUAA